UGUGUGUGUGUGUGUGUGUGCCUGUUUGUGUUUAAUAUAAAAACAAAACUUUCGGACCCUUCUGGGCGAUCACAUCAGUGUAACGUCUCCAUUUGGCUUCAGCUGUUGUUUGGACUUCCAUUCUGUCCAGCUCCAACAUGGUGCGCACAGUGGCAGUGAUCGGCGCAGGCCCGUCGGGUCUGAGCGCAGUCAAGUCUUGUUUGGAUGAAGACUUGCAUCCAACCUGUUUUGAGAGCAGCGACGACCUUGGAGGACUAUGGAAGUUCAAGGAGGUGUCUGAGCCCAACCGCGCCAGCAUCUAUCGCUCCCUCACCAUCAACAUUUCCAAGGAGAUGAUGAGCUUCAGCGACUUCCCCAUCCCGGCCGACUUUCCCAAUUAUAUGCACCAUUCCAAAAUCCUCAACUACUUCCGCAUGUACGCCGAACACUUCAAACUGCUGCAGCACAUCCGUUUCCAGGUAAAAAAAAAAAAAAAUUGCUUGCUUGCUGGCUUUUUCGGUUACUUGGAUCAAUGGCUUCCUCAUACGCACGUCACUCCUCCAGACUUCUGAAGAGCGUCAAACCGAGGCAAGUGGGAGGUGGUGACGGAGAAGCUGGACGGGAAGGAGGAGACGCACGUGUUUGACGCCGUCAUCUGUUGCACGGGCCACUACACUUACCCCAACCUGCCUCUGCGGGACUUCCCGGGACUGGACACUUUCCAAGGCCGCUACUUCCAUAGCUGGGACUACAAGGGCCCCGAAGAAAUGCAUCGAAAGCGUUUGGUGAUCGUGGGCAUCAGCAACUCGGGCAGCGACAUCGCCGUGGAGAGCAGGAAAUUUGCCGAGCAGGUGUACAUGAGCACCCGGCGCGGGGCCUGGGUGAUCCGCCAGGUGUCGGACGAUGGCAUUCCGGUGGACAUGAAAUACAACACGCGCUUCGUGCACAUUCUGUUCCAACUCUUCCCCAUGAGGUUCUUCAACUGGUUCAGCGAGAAGAAGCUCAACGCCAUGUAUGACCACACCAUGUAUGCCCUCAAGCCCAAACACAGGCUUUUCAGUCAGAUCCCGGUGAUCAACGACGACCUACCUUUCAAGAUCCUGUCGGGCGCGGUGAUCAUCAAGCCCAAUGUGACAGAGAUCAGCAGCUCGUCUGUGUUUUUUGAGGAUGGCAGCGUCGCAGACAAGGUUGGAAUUUUUCAGGCCAACCCCCACCCCUCCGACUUCCCGUACUUGCCCGCCAACACUCUGUACAAGUCGGGCCACCGUGUGGGUCUGUACAAGCACGUGUUCCCUCCCACCUUGGAGCAUCCCACCCUGGCCGUGGUGGGCUUCAUCCACGCCCUCGGAGCCAUCAUGCCGCAGGCCGAGAUGCAGGCGCGUUGGGCCGUGCAGGUCUUAAAAGGACAUAAGAAACUGCCCUCAAGCCAGGCCAUGGUGAAGGCUGUGGAGAAGGACACCAAAAGCAUGGAGCAAAGCUACAUCGUCUCCAAGCUGAGCCCCCUGCAAGUGGAUUUUGUGUCCUACAUGGACGACCUGGCGGGCGAGAUUGGAGCCAGGCCCAGCCUGCUGUGGCUUCUCCUCACCGACUACAUGCUGUUCAAGGAGGUCCUGUGGGGGCCCGUCACCGCCUACCAGUACCGUCUGACGGGGCCCGGCAAGUGGGACGGCGCCCGGCAGGCCAUCCUCACCCAGUUCCAGCGCAUGUUCCAACCCCUGAAGACCAGGAAGGUGGAGGAAGUGAACAUGGCAAGCUCAGGCGGCCUAUUCAAGUUGAGCCUGACGCUGGUGGCGGGAGGGGCAGCGGUCUACUACAUGCACAUUCGAGAGCCCACCCUCUUGCCCAACCUCGUCUCCAAACUUUUCCCCCAAAAAAUGUGAACCACUUUCAGUCUCAGUUUUUGUUUGUUGCUUGGGGUCUCUCCCAUCUUCAUAUUGGCUUAACAGCAAUUCACAAGGAGAAACCCAAAGCUAAAACAACCAAAUUUUCUGUUUUAGCAAUCAAGCUAAAAGAGGCAUGACUUGAGCUACUCCAAACAUCCAUCAGUCACAUGUUCCAGCAUUUUUGCUCACCUCAAACUCGGGUGGCUUAAAACAAAAGAUGCCCUGUCCUGACUUGUUUAACACGUCUAAGUCUAAAGACCACAAAUUAAAAGCUGGAAUUCAGAA